GCCAGAGUGAAGAUGGGAGACUGGAACUUUCUUGGUGGGAUUUUGGAAGAAGUGCAUAUCCACUCCACCAUGGUAGGAAAAAUCUGGCUCACAAUCCUCUUCAUCUUUCGCAUGCUGGUGCUUGGCGUGGCAGCGGAGGAUGUGUGGAAUGAUGAACAGGCUGACUUUAUCUGCAACACUGAGCAGCCUGGUUGCCGCAAUGUGUGCUAUGACAAAGCUUUCCCCAUUUCCCUAAUCCGCUACUGGGUUCUGCAGGUCAUAUUUGUGUCCUCUCCCUCACUGGUGUAUAUGGGCCAUGCCCUCUACCGCCUCCGUGCUCUUGAGAAGGAGCGUCAGCGCAAAAAGAUGGCACUGAGACGAGAACUUGAGGGUGUGGAUGUGGAGAUGGCGGAGGUACGGCGCAAAAUAGAACGUGAGCUUCGGCAGAUUGAUCAGGGGAAAUUAAACAAGGCUCCAUUGAGGGGGUCUCUUCUGCGCACCUACGUGGCUCACAUAGUCACCCGCUCAGCUGUAGAAGUAUUCUUUAUGACUGGACAAUAUGUCCUGUAUGGGUUUCAACUGAAUACACUGUACAAAUGUGAACGGGAGCCUUGUCCAAAUGCAGUGGAUUGCUUUGUAUCUCGACCCACUGAGAAAAGCGUCUUCAUGGUGUUCAUGCAAUGCAUAGCUGGCAUUUCAUUGUUCCUCAACAUUCUGGAGAUCCUGCACUUGGGCUACAAGAAACUUAAAAAGGUCAUUCUUAACUACUACCCACAGCUGAGGGAUGAUCCCAAUGACAGCUACUAUCCCAACAAAGUGAAGAAAGAUUCUGUGGUGCAUCAGACGUGCAUUGGUACCUCCACUGGCCGUAAGGCCACCAUUGCAUCUGCACCCAGUGGAUACAACCUUCUUCUUGAUCGACCACCUGAUGGAGCUGCUUAUCCUCCUUUGAUUAACCCAUCCUCUGCUUUCCUGCCUGUUCAGGGUGAUUUACCAGCUAAAAACGGUGCUGAUGAACCAAAGUACUUGCAAAACAGUCCCACAGAGCACAACAGCAAUUCAAACAAUACCAGCAGUGACUCGCACUCACCACCUUGCAACUCUGUCACUCCACCAAAGCAAGACGAAGGGGAAGAUUCUGUCCAAACUUUACCACUGCACAAGAAAGGCCAGGAGUCUAAGUCUUCAGAAUCAUCGGGCCACACCAGAGAAUCUUCUCAUGCCUCAUCCAGCAUGGGAAAGAAACCUUGGAAGGGUAGUGCUCCCUGGAACUGCUCAACGGUCGUAGAAGGUAAUGGCUCAGACUCAGAUUCCCUGGAGGGCUCCAAAGCUCGCUGUCCCUAUUCUGCGGUGCGGGCACGUACCUCCUCCAGGUCUGAUACCAAGCUGAGCAGACCCACCUCCCCUGAUUCAGUUGAAGAAUCGAGCUCUGAGUCACGGCAUAGUCCACGAGUGUCACCGAGCCAUCGUGCCUCAUUGGCCAGCAGUUCCAGCAGCAGACGAGCAGCUCCCACAGACUUACAGAUUUAAGGAAAGCUCAUUAUGGCCUCCGUACAAUUCAGUCACACAACAGAAGAAAGACAAAGAUUCUGUCUAGCUGUUAUCUCUUCUCUAGAAAGGCCAGGAGUCUAAGACUUAAAACUCAUUGAGCCAUUCUUGGAAAUCUUCCCGUGCAUGAUCUAGCAUGGGAAAACAGCUGGGAACAGCACACCCUGGAACUGCUCAAGAAUUGCUCAGAAUGGCUCAGGCUCUGCUGGAGCUGCUCAAGAUUUGUAGAAGCGAAUGGCUUAGACUCUAAAGGCACCAAAGCUCUCUGCCCUUAUUCUGUGAUGCAGGCUUAACAUCAUCCAGGUAUGAUUCAAAACUCAGCAAGCUCACCUCUCCUGAUUCAUUUGGGGCAUGGCACAGUCCACCAGUGUCAACAUGCCAUCAUUUGCAAGUAGCAGACAAGCAGUGCCCACAGAUUUACAGAUAGAAGAAAAAAAUCAUUAUGGACAAGUCAUGUUUACAGUUGGAUAAUGACCAGAGUGACUGUUUAAGUUUACAACUCUGAUAUGAGCACAAAAGUAAGCUCAGACUCAAGAUAAAUAUCCAACUUCUAAAAGUACUCCUAAAAGUUUUGUUUACACAGUAUUUGUAUAUAAUAAUUCUGAUGCACCAAAGUACUUGCAGAACUGUUUCACAGUGCACAACAGCAGUUCCAACAACACCAGCAGUGACUUGACCUUGUCACCUUGCAACUCACCAAAGCAAGAUGAGUUGGAAGAUUCUAUUUAUCCGUUACCUCUGCGCAAGAAAGGCCAGGAGUCAAAGACUUCGAGCCACACCAGGAACUCUUCUUGCACAUCAUCCAGCAAGGAAAAGAAUAAUAGGUCGGCACACCCUGGAACUGUUGUAGAAGAUUAUGGCUUUGAUUGCCAGGAAGGUAUUAAAGCUUGCCAUCCCUGUGCCACUGUGUGGGCAUAUACUUUGUCCAGAUCCAGCUGCAAGGUGGGCAGGCCCAUCUCUCCUGAAUCAGUUGAACAACUGAGCUUGAAGCACCUCAGAAGUGCCAGUUGCAGACUAACAGCUCCCACAGACUCAUGGUGAAAAAAAGUAGAUUUGUUGUAAAAUCUACAUC